AUGGCCCGGAGCCUUUUGCAGGACUGGUGCAGGGGGCUGGACGUGGACGUGCGCCGGGCCCUGCUGGUCACCGGCAUCCCCGAGGGCCUGGAGCCGGCGGCCAUCGAGGCCGCCCUGCAGCCCGCCUUCCUGCCCCUGGGCACGUUCAGGCUGCGGAGCACGCGGGCCAUGCUGGGCGAGAAGGCCCAGGCCGCCCUGGUGGAGUUCCUGGAGGACAUGGAUCUCUCCGCCAUCCCCAGCGACAUCCCCGGCGGCGGGGACGGCGCCUGGAGGGUCCUGUGCGAGGACCGCGCGGAGGACACCAGGGUCCUGAGGCAGAUGAAGCGCUUGCUGCUGGAUGAAAGGGCCCCCGGGGCCACGCCCACCGCUCCCGCCGCCGCCGCCGAGGCUCAGGCCCAGGGGUCGGAGCGGGCGGCCCGGGAGGCUGGGCCCCUUCCGGGCGCAGCCAGCAAGGCGAGGAAGGGCCGGCGGAGUCGCCGAAGCAGAGCCAGAGGCCACAGGCUGACCCAGAAGGGCAAGAAGCGAGGCCGAGGGGGGCGGCCGUUCCCCGGCGGCGCCAGGCGCGGGUCCGAGGACUCCUCCUCCGACAGCCUGGGCAUCGUGAUCGAGGAGCUGGACGAGGAGGCCCUGGGCGGGCUCGACGCGCAGAGAGCGCUGUACUCCACGCUCCAGGUGGCCGCCAGGGAGCUCGUGCGGAAGUGGGCCCUGCAGGGGGACCCCGAGGACGCACACGGUCCCCGCGAGUUCCUGGCGCUGGUCACCGUGACGGACAAGGCCAAGAAGGAGGAGCUCGAGAAAGAGACCCCGGGGGCCGAGUCCAUCAGCCUGAACAUCGAAGACCUGAGCGGGGUCCCCGACUUGGUGGCCCUCCUGGCCGUGAGGGACACGUGGUUCGAGGAGCCCGUGGACAGCGACGCUUCGGAAAGCGACGCGUCGCAGGGCAGCGGGGACCAGGAGCCGGAGGGGGGCCAUCCUGAGUUUGUGGCCAUCGUGGCUUACACGGACCCCGCGGACCCGUCCGCCCGGGAGGAGAUGCUGAAAAUCGCUUCCGUGAUUGAGUCGCUGGGCUGGAGCGACAAGAAGGAGCGGAAAGACGCGCGGAAAGACGCGCUCCCCGAGGUCCUGUCCGUCAUGGCCAAGGACACGUGCGGGACGCGCGUGCAGGUGCAGGAGGCCGGCCGCCAGGUGGACGCCCUGGUGCUGAGGAAGGCCACGGACGACGGGAACCUCCUGGAGUGCAUCGCCAGCCUGGCCGAGCCCGAGCCCCGCCCCCGGGGGGAGCCGGCCCCGCGCGGCCUCUUCGCGGGCUGGGGAGACGGGGAGGAAGGCGAGGUGGGCCUCCUGGAGCUGGUGGCGCUCCUGGCGGCCCAGGACGUGGCCGAGGGGGUGAAGGAAGAAAGGGAAGGGGCCUGGGAAGGCGGGAAGUGCAGGCACCACCGGGGCAGCCUCGGGGAGCUCCUGGCGCUCCUGGCGGCGCGUGAGAACGGAGAGUCGGAGGAGGAGGAGGGGACUUCGGAGGGCGGCUCCGAGGAGACGUCGGAGGACACGGAGAGCGAGGAGUCGGAGCCUGAGGUUCGGGCUUCCAAGAAGCCCCGGGCCAAGCGAGCCCGCACGGCCUCCAAGGUCCUGGGUCCGGCUGGCGCCCCCUCGGGGUCCCGCAAAACCCGACGGGGAGGCCGAGGCCGCGGCGACCGGGGCAACACUCCCGAGAAGAAAGCCAAGGAGGAGGCGGCGGGCGACAAGAAGAAGAAGAAGGGGUGUGCGGGCGCCCGCGCCAAGGCCGGCGAGGCCAGGGGGCAGCCGCCCACCGGCUCCAAGCCGACCCGCGGGAAGAAGGCUCGCCGGGGCGGGCGGCUGGCCCCCAAGUGCUGCUAG